AUGAAUGCAAGAUUGCCUCCAAACAAGGAUGAGGACAAGGAUGACACUGAUUAUUGUGAGCUUGCUGCUGCUGCUGCCAAUGACAACAGUCCCAUCACAAGUCACCAGCCACCAAAGACAUGUCCUGGAAUGGACUGCAAAGAAGUGAUCCCUGACAAUAUCUCUGACCAGCUGUCCACCUAUGUCAGCCUCAUCAAGGAAAGGAAGACCAAUAUUCAUUUGGAGAUGGAUAUCUCCCUCAAGGUCAUGGAGGCAAAAGGUUGGCCAGCCACAAAAAUCAAGUUCAAAGAUGUCCCCUCUUGCAUUCUGGAAAUUGCAAUUUGCUCAAAUGCACAUCCCUCCAAUGUCUUCAGUGAUAUAGGAAAACUCACACUGCAGAUAUACCUAACCUACUUCAUAAUUCCCCAUGUCACCUGUCAGUUUAUCACUCAAGACUUUGGCCUUUUGUCAACCAUGCCUGCACACAAUAUCAUGGUAGAAAGUAAUGAUGUUGGCAAACUGAUUAAUCCUGAGCACAAUGAUGAUGAGGAGCUCAAUCAGAUCAAAUGUGCAAUGACAUUCACUCUUAAACAGAGAAACCUCAAGGGCUGA